AUACACCUCAGAAUGGCUACGGCAUCGGAUGUAUGUGGGUUUUGCUUUAAAGAACCCGUAUUUGGAUUCUGUGAAAACUGUAAUAUUUCGCUUGGUGUAAGUUGCUUCUCAAAUCACACUAAGAUACAUUUAUUUACUAGUCAUAUUGUGUUUCCGUUGGAUAACUCAGACAACGAGACAUGCUUAUCGGUACCCAUAGAAAAAGACAUACAUGAACAAAAAUGCCAAAAGCACGAAACAGACCCUCAGUCGAUCUAUUGUGGAAGGCAUGACGCAACCAUAUGUGGUCGAUGUAUACUGGCUGACCACAUGACUUGUAAAGAUGAAAUCGUUGAUCUACACAUAACAAAGUUUGAUGAACAAAAGGCGAAUUCCCUUCUGGUCUCUUUGAACGAAAUCAAAGGCGAAAUAAAAGACCUUCAGGUCCAUGUAGACAGAAAUGUUAAACUGAAUGACGAGUGUAGAGCCUCAUCUAUUGACGCAAUUAAAGAUUUUCGAAAGAAGAUUGAUUUAAGGCUUAACCAGUUACAGUUCGAAGCAGAACAAUCCACAGAGAGGAAACACAAAGAAAAUAUGAACAGUCUGGUUGAACUUGCAAAAAUCUGCAAAGACGUUUCUCUUCGAAUUCAAAUGCGUGGAGAAAAAAUCGAGGAGUUAUCGAAGAAAAAACAAGAACGGCAUUUGUUUGUAUAUUCUAAAAAACUGGCCAUUGAAAUUGAUGAAAUAAGAACAGCUAUUAAGCAGUCAAACAACAAAAACCAUGUUACAAAAUUCACAUUUAAAGAACACCCAACAUUGGAAAAUAUUCUUCAGAAAACAAUUAUUGAAAUUGGAACACUUCAAGAAGCUUGCGAUGGAAGCGAAGAAUUAGUUGACGAUACACAUGCUUCAUUAACGAGGACUCCUGAACAUGCAGAUGAAAGCUGUGCGCGGAAAAUAACACAACCGAAGAAUUUUGCGUCCGGUAAUCAACCUCCUGGAAAGAUGACGGUUGAAUUAUACUUCGGGAUUGUUCGCAUUGAGUACGAGUUUUUAAAUGGACAACAAUCGGAUGGCAAAAUGUAUAAGGCUUUAACUCAGAAGUUGAGACUCCCUAACUCGGUCAACGGAAGAAACGUUUGCAGAAUGCUUAAACUAGCCUUUCAAAGGAAAUUGCUGUUUACCAUUAACAGUGAUGGCGCCAUUGUAUAUAACGGCAUAAAGCCUCGGAGCUCAGACUACGUAAUGAAAGAAUUCGAAUGUACCAGAGUAACCACACAGUUGAAAGAUAAGGGCAUCACGAUGGCUGACAUUGACACAAACGAUGACUUCAUGGGAACAGUGAUUGUGGACUAAUUAGAUAAAACAACGUGUUAAAUGUUUGUUGAAAAAGCCUGUACAAUAUUUCAAAAAGCAACCACGAAUAUACUUUUAUCAGAUAAAAGACCAAUUAAAAAAUGGGUAAAUAUUGAACUAAACAAUUCGAGGGAGCAUACAAAGUAAACCAAUCAUUUAAAAGAAAGUGGGAAACCUUCGCUGACAUUGACUUGUAAUGACUUAUUAUAGAGAUGUAUGAGAUAAGACUAAGCAUGAAUGCUUGUCGUGGCUUUGGAUGAGUUUUUGUCGAGUGUAUGGGCUUGAGCACGUGCUUUAGUACGUCGAAGAUUGUCCGUAAUUCAAUUUCGCCAUUAACCAUGCGAUUUUUUACACAACUUUCUUCAAGUGUAAUCAUGAGAUGUUUCAUCGCGUGUAAAACUCUACCUCAAUAAUUAUGGUCACUCUUACAGGUCGAAGGUUAAAUUUGUACCAAAGUCAAUGACAAAUUGGCAUGUGCUGUGUGUUGCGCGUAUCAUUUAUUAACCUUCCUCCAAAGUCAAGGUCACUCUGAGAGUUUACAUGUUGAAUUCGGGCAUAGUAUAGCUUUUCAGACUGAAAAUUCGUCAUUCAAUAUAUAAGCUCACAUCACCAUGUAGUGUUAAGGGGAUCUGUUGGGAUAUGAAUAUGUGUGACAAAGGUCCAAAGUCGUGUCUAUCUUAAGAAUCGUUUACAGAACCGUCUUUUAAACUUGAAAGUUUGAGCGCCACCGAUAGAGAAGUAAACGAAAAGUUGAAAACACAAGCUUCGGGACGCCGAAAUAGAUAAAUGACCAUACUCCUCCAAAACUCCUCACAUCCAACAUGUCUUUCUUUACGACCAUCUUCACGUAAUGGUUAUUCAGCGGUGAACAUUAUAGAUAUUUCCACCAGGCAGUUAAAGGGGAAUUGAAACCCGUGCUUCAGGACGUAAAGACGUAUGAACGGUCGAACGUACAGAAAUACGUGCGGACGGACGGACAAGUGCAAAACCAAUGCAUCGCGCUCAGUGGGACAGAAAUAAAUAACUCAAAAACACCAAUUGUGCAAUAGUGCUUUAAAUAUGACUGUGUUUCAUAAACAUACAUGCACACUUUAAGUUAUGCCCCCGGAUCGAAUGAUCGGAGGUAUAUUAUUUUUGGCCUGUAUGUCUGUCAGUCUCUCUGUCUGUUAUUCUGUCUGUCAUUCAUUCUGUCCCAAAACUUUUACCUUGGUCAAAUCUUUUGCAAAAUUGAAGAUAGCAAUUCUGGCAUGCAUGUGUUGCACAUUGAGCUGAACAUUUUGAGUAGUGAAAGGUAAAGGUCAAGGUCAUCAUUCAAGGUCAAAGGUCAUCCUUGAAGGUCAAAGGUCAAAUAUAUGGAUUCAAAUAGGGGCGAUUGUGUUUCACAAAUACAGCUCUUAUUUUAUUUUAAAACAAUACAUAAUUUAAACAUGUUUAAAAAUGGACAAAUAUGUUAAAGAAAAAGAGAAAAUGACAUACAAGCACACACAAGAUGAAACCAAGAGUGAAAAAAAUAACAAUAGAACAGAACAUAAUUAUGUGACUAUGACCAUAUGGGUCGUAAAAUGCCGUCCAAGGUUAGUCAGUGAAGUCCGCACAGGCUAAUCAGGCACGACAAUGUCCUCUUUUAUGAUAUUUUUCGUUAAGAGAGAGUAUAUUCUUAGCAAAAAAUUCGAGUUGGGGCUGAAAGUGUCGUCCCUGAAUAAGCUUGUCCGGACUGCACAGGCUAAUCUAUGACGACACGUAACGCGCAUGCAUUAAACCCCCUAUUCACAGAGCACGGUCCAUAUGUAGUAACAAAAACCUGUACAAAAGGUGGUUUAUUUAUUAUUAUUGCAUAAACUCAAUCUAUAAUGCCCUCUGGCGAGGUGCAGAAACUUGGCAAAAGGAGUGCUUGAACGGGAGAAAUCGUGUAUUAACAAGGCGAUUCACGUGCCGUUCAAGCCCUGUUAUGUGUUUUUCAUUAUCCCUAUAAAGAAACAGGUGAUAUACAUGUGAAUAAAUGAGUGAGCUAACAAAGUAGUUAAAUUUGGGUAGAGUUUAUAAUAAUUAUAAUCAUUUUCUGAUAUAUUACGUUUAACCAAUCAACAAAAUAUAUACAUUGUAACACAAUAAUUACUCUAUGCGUACACUUAAGUUGUUAAAUUAUUUUAACCAUGAAGCUGGAAAUACUUACUAAAAUAAAGGUUUAAACUCAAAUAGUAUCUUUCUCUAAGCGGCAACGAAAUAGAUUAUCUCUGUUCUAGAUACCGUUUUUGUUCGAAGACAUUAUUUAAUUUAUGUGCUUAUGCCUUUAAAAAACAGAAUAUUAAAAAAUACAUAUACAAAAUAUUGUUUCAUAAUUAUAGAUAUUCGUAAAAUAAUAAAACGUCGUUUAUAACGACAGUAUGUACAACGUCAUUUUAGAUUCCAAAACAUUGAUACAUUAUUAUUCUACAUGCGGUGUUAAGAGACGUUCACAGAUGUAAUAGUUUAGUCAAGUCUCCUCACCUUAGAAUUAUUGUACUUAUGUUUUCGUAAUCUAAUAUGAAUAUUACAUCACGUUAUGUGAAUAUUACAUUAAUAUAUGUCUAUUCAAGUCUCAUCACAUUAGAAUUAUUGUACUUAUGUUUUCGUAAUAUAAUAUGAAUAUUACAUCAUGUCAUGUGAUUAUUACAUUAUUAUAUGUGAAGAACAUACAGUUUGUCCAAAAAAUAUUGAUUUUGAAACUGUUAUUUUUAUUAACACUUUUAAUAGACCAUUUUUUUCAAAUAGAAAUAUUGAACUAUCAAAUUAAUAUAUGCUGUGUACAUACUGUAUGUUUCUUUAGAAAAUUGAUUUUGAAUCUCGGGUGGAUGCGAUAUGUAGUAUUUGUAUCAGAACAUUAUCGUUUAUUCAACCAUAACGUUUUUUAUGCAACACCAUGUAUUAUGAAUAUAUGAAUGAUAUGCUAUAUGUUGAUCAACGACCAUAACGGCCUAUUUCAACUGUGUAAAUAUGUAUAUGUAUUUGUCGAAAUAAAAGUUCUUCUUCA